AUGGGCGUCAAGUUAACAAACAAAGACAUGGAUCAGCUGGAGAAGUGGAUCGGUACAGGUCCUAAAACAUUUACUCUACUGUAUGCCAUAACCAGAGAUGGAUGCAAGCCCAAGGCUUUUCAUGAUAAAUGUGACUAUCAGGGACCCACUAUAACAGUGUUGUACAAUACCAAUGGAUCUGUAUAUGGUGGAUACAACCCUACUUCUUGGAAUUCGGACAGAAAUCAGUAUACCUGCUGUACUGAUGCUUUUCUGUUCCAGUUAUAUUACAAUGGGAGUCCGAAAGCAAAUAAGUUUUCUUUAAAAUCAGAUCGAUAUCAAUAUGCAAUUGAAAAUAAUUCAAACUGCGGACCGACAUUCGGAUAUACCGACCUUCGUACAUUUACUGACACAGUUAGCAGGUCUGAUUCCUAUUUCUCUCUAAACGUUAAAUCUAAAUUUAACGAGGAUUAUGAUAUGCAGGGACUCAGCGCAGAAGAGAUUUACAAUGAUGACUGGAAUGUCACUGAACUAGAAGUGUACAAAGUAGCAUAUGAGGAAAGGAAAGUAAGAACACCUUGGCGAAAUGUCGGCCAGUGGAAUGAAAAGUUUUUAGAGGAACUCAAAAAGGACGUGCUUUCAUUCAAGCCUGUGGCUGACCUAGAUAUAAGCGCUGCUCGUAUCCUGAUGAUUGGACCAGUUGGUGCGGGAAAAUCAAGCUUCUAUAACACAAUAGAAUCAAUAUUUCGAGGUAAUAUUACACAGCGAGCUCGCAGCGGAAGUGCGGAGCAAAGUCUUACCACUUGUUACGUCCCAUACUCGGUAAAUGUUCCAUCUGGAGGAUCACUGAACUUCCGGUUGUGUGACACACGUGGCCUAGAAGAGUCACAUGGUCUUGAUGUCCACGAGUGUAGUUAUUUGUUAGAUGGCAACAUAGCAGACUAUUAUCAGUUCAACCCCACGUCACCAAUAACACCAAAGGUCCAGGGUUUCAAAACACAUCCUACUACAGAAGAUACAGUGCACUGUGCAGUUUUUGUGAUAGAUGCUACCACACUUGACGUCCUAUCUACUAAAGUCAUGGAAAAGAUUAAAGGAUUUCAGAAUCUGAUGAAUCAAAGAGAUAUACCACAAAUGGUCCUUCUGACAAAGGUUGACAAACUCUGCAAAGAUGUACAGAGCGACAUUUCCUUUGUUUACCAGAGCCAGAUAGUCGAAGAACAUGUUGACAAAGCAUCACAACUUCUUGGACUUCCCAGAACAAACAUACUUCCCGUGAAGAACUACGAGAAGGAACUUAGACUGGAUGAGAACACCAGCAUCCUUGCCUUGCUCUCUCUUCGACAGAUUUUAUACUUUGCUGAAGAUUACAUGUACAAUCUCAGAGAAAGAAAGAAUCUUGUACAGAACUAAACAACGAAUAGCAGAUUCAUAGCGGAGUGGACGUUCAUAGUUCAGCAAAAAUAUGUUACUUGUGCUUGUUCACUUCUAUGUAUCACUGACACUAUAUAUCUGUUUCACUAACAUUUAAUAGUAUACCUUAUGUUGCAAAUGUUUAUAUGCUAGUAGCUUUCAAUUUUAGUAAUUAUUUUAUGCAAAAGUUGACAACACAAAUGUAUAGCUUUCAGCUCUGAUCUUUGUGAUCACUGAGUCCAGGAAAUGUUUCUGUACGAGUUCAGUCAUUGCUCUAUAGAGCCUAUGAUUUCUCCAUGGAAUUGGAAAUGGAAAACAGUUUUAUCAUUAUGUAAGUUUUCUCUAUAUACCUUAUCACUCCAUACAUGUUCGACUCAUUGGUAACAAUAUUAAUUAGAUAGAUAAAAUUAUAGAUAAAAUGACAUGUCGUGUUUUGAAUUAUAAUAGACAGCUUUUAUAUCCUGUUAAGUGACAAACAGUAACUAAACAUGUUGCAUAAACUGAUAUUUAUAGGAAUAAAGGGACUAUAUGUGUGCAUUGUUACAUAUUUGGAUUUAAUUGUAAAAAUUCUUGUUGCAUUUCAAUUGUUUAUAUAUCUGUUUCUAUAAAAUGAUAGUGAUUUGAUGAUGUUGUUGCUUUAUUAAGUUAUAGGUAUUGUAGUGUUCAUCGGCUAAAUGUAUUAGAUUAUGACAGAUCAUAUUAUACAGAAUAAAAAGUUCUAGUAGUUACUAUUUGUUCCAUAAACAGAACC